AUGGGAGCGCGUGGGGCGCCGGCCCUGCUCCUGCUGUGCGUGGCGGCCGCGGGGGCCACGGAGAACGCCAGCACGACCCGCGGCUGCGGGCUGGGCCUCCUCCCGCAGUACGUGUCCCUGUGCGACCUGGACUCCGUCUGGGGCAUCGUGGUGGAGGCGGCGGCCGGCGCGGGCGCCCUGAUCACGCUGCUGCUGCUGCUCAUCCUGCUGGUGCGGCUGCCCUUCAUCACGGAGCCGGAAAAGCGGGAGCCGCUGGGUCUGCACUUUCUCUUCCUGCUGGGCACGCUGGGCCUGUUCGGCCUCUCCUUCGCCUUCGUCAUCCGCGAGGGCGAGGCGGUGUGCGCGGCGCGCCGCUUCCUGUGGGGCGUGCUGUUUGCGCUCUGCUUCGCCUGCCUGGCGGCGCAGGCCUGGCGCGUGCGGGCGCUGGGGCGGCGCGGCCGCGGCCCGCCGGGCCCGCAGCUGCUGGGCGCCGCGCUCGGCCUGACGCUCGUGCAGGUGGUCAUCGCGGCCGAGUGGCUGGUGCUGACGGUACUGCGCGCCGCGCGGCCGGCCUGCGCCUACGAGCCCGCCGACUUCGCGCUGGCGCUGGGCUACGCCUUGGCGCUGCUGGCGGCCGCGCUGGCGCUGGCGCUGCGGGCGCUGUGCGGCGGGGCUGGGCGCUGGCGGCGGCGCGCGGCCGGCCUGCUGCUCACCGCUGUGCUCGCCGCGCUCGUCUGGGCCGCCUGGCUCGCCAUGUACCUGUACGGCAACGCGCGGCUGCGGCCCAGCGGCGCCUGGCGCGACCCCAGCCAGGCCGUGGCGCUGGUGGCCAGCGGCUGGGUGUUCGUGCUGUGCCACGCCGUCCCCGAGGUGCGCUGCGCGCUGCUGCCCGCCCCGCGCCGCCCCGCGCCCGACCUCUUCGCGGCGCCGCCCCGGGCGCGGGAGCCCGCGCCGGAGGAGGACGUGCCGCCCUGCCUGGACAACAAGGCCUUCGCCCUGGAGGAGCCCGGCGCAGCUCUCCGGACAGCAGGGUUCCGCAACAGCAGUUUGGGAAGCAGACCCAGCGCUCCGUUUAGAAGCAAUGUGUACCAGCCGACUGAGAUGGCUGUGGUGCUGAAUGGCGGGACUAUCCCAACGGCACCACCGAGUUACACGGGAAGACACCUCUGGUGA